AAAAUUUAUCAGAAUAAGGUUCUAGGUAUAUCAAGAUAGAAUUAACACGUUGUUUUUAUUAUAACACCGUUGAUUGAAAUAUUAAUCAUUUAUAAAUAUAUAGUUACAGUAUAUUAAUCAAUAAUGGCUUCGCGAAGUUGGAAGGUUGUUCAAGCUCAUUCACCAAUGAUAAGGUUCCGUAAAGGGGGUAAUAAAGCGACAGGAGUGACUGCAACACCAUCUGCAGGGUCAGGAGCGUCUCUUUCAAGUGCAAAAGGUGCUACAACUGGACCCGGUGUAAUUAGGUUGCCAACAAUUGAAGAUUUCCAAAUUCCACAACGCUAUCAACGAAGACCACUUGACGAUAAAGAAAUCGCAUACAUAAAUCGUGGUGGUCCUGAAUAAUUUAUUCACCUGGAUAAAAUCAAAUAAAUUUAAAUGACUGUUGUAAAUUUUAAAUUUAUUAUAAACUAUAAAGAUUCAAUUUAGUAUUAGUUAUAAAUAAAAUUUCGUUGAUUGUAUUAAAAAGUAAAAAUUUUUUUCAA